AUGCUUCUUAAGCUUCAGAUUAUAGCCGUCUCUCCUCCGUGGGACAGUCUACUCGAAAAUCAGCAGGAAAUCACAAAGCCAAUAUCCCGGGGUUCUCUUGGCUGCGAAAACGUGUCAUGCACUAAGCAUCUUGGUGGGAGUGGGACAACGUUCACCUCUACCGAUGGUGGAACUGACGACACUUCAGGACGCUCAGACUCGGAAGCUAGCCUUGACGAGGAUCAUUCCGAGGCUGGAGACGAAAUGGAUAACAAUCAACCAGCAUUCAUCAAAGGGACAGACACCGUAACCGAAGGAUCGCUGGUAUCAGGGACCACUGUUGGACAUCAGCAGAGGCGCCGAAGAGCCAGAAGUCAGGAACGUACAGCCAAACAGAGCAGCCUUGUAACGAUUGCAGGGCGGCCUAAUUGGCUUGUCCAUGUCUAUUUGUUGGCCAACAAUGAUGCUUAUGCACAAGGACGACGCUGUCUGAAAAGAUGCGAUACCAUUGCAUGCCCGCCGCUUCAUCUGAAUGCAGUAUGGCCAGAAGCAUACUUCAUUAUAAGCUACACCAACUACGCAACAAGUAAUAAACUUUCUGGUAUCGCCGUCCGGGCGCAUUACUCAACUACUGUGUGCUUGCAUGUGGAUGAGCACAGGGUCUAUUUAGGUCGGAAGAAAUUGGCCCCGAUAUUGGAAAGAUAUGUUAUCUAA